AUUGCCCGCACCAGGUGCCGAGUCUGGUGCCGCUGCAAAGUCGAGCCCACCACAACCAGAGCCAUCUGCUAACAAGAGUGUCGAUUUGGGCUCGGCCCCAUCAUCAAUGACCUCAUCCUCUUCAUCAUCAUCCAAUGACAACAAUGUAUAG